AUUUCGAAUUAGUAGUUGAUGCGCGGAUUUCAAACUCGACAAUUGAUGGCGAAUCGUAAAAGGAACAGACCAGAAGAUUGGGAGGAUUUGGAGCCAUCUCCAGUUAUUCAUAUACGGGAGUUGCCAGAACAUACUCUCGAGCUGGACUUAAUUAGAGUUUUUGAACAGUUUGGCUCUAUUAGGGAUAUUGCAAUGAUUCCACAUAAAGGUCAAGCACUAAUUGAAUUUGAUGAUAUUAACUCAGCAGAAAGAGCUGUUGCAAGAUGUUCAGAGAAUGCCGUGAUGUUUGCUAACCACCGAUUGAAAGUUAAUUAUAGUACAUCCAAACGUGUGGUCCAUCGACCUCUAGAAAAUGAUAACCAGCACUCCGAAUUGCCUCCCGAAAGCCGUGUACUUAUGUUAACGGUCUACAAUGCUCAAUAUCCUAUCACCGUCGAUGUCAUUCAUCAAAUUACAGCCAAACAUGGACGCGUUUUACGCAUUGUCAUUCUCCGUAAAACCCGGAUACAGGCUAUGGUGGAGUUCAAAAAUACGGAAGAGGCCCGGACUGCUAAGCGGCAUCUUAAUGGGGCCGACAUAUAUUCUGGCUGCUGUACAUUGAAAGUCGAGUUUGCUCGUCCUACACGCUUGACUGUCACUCGUAAUGAUCAAGAUUCAUGGGAUUUUGAAAAUCCACUAUUACUGUCUACCUCACUUAAUGAAGCUGAUGGGCGUGGAGAUAUUUCUUUAUUAGGACGUUUUGAACGUUCACGUGCUCGACACGAAAGCUCAAGGUCUGUUAAUGGUGGCAACUUUGGCUAUCAUGAUGGUUUCAUAAAGCAAAAUGCUGUCGGGCUUAGUGUCCCACCUGCUUCGUUCUUGGACCAGUUGGCUUUAAAUUACCAUGUAUCGAGGCGUGGUCUCGAUGGAUUGAAUGGUCAACCUUAUGCUAGGGCUGCAACUGCUGUCAUAAUGGUAUAUAACAUGGAUAUGGAUCAUAUGAACUGCGAUCGCUUGUUCAACCUUCUCUGUCUCUAUGGUAAUGUUGUUCGUAUUAAGUUUUUGAGGACUAAAGAAGGUUCAGCUAUGGCGCAAAUGGGCGAUAACGUUAGUGUUGAUCGUGUCAUUACUAACCUGUCAGAAGUCCCAUUGAUGGGAAAUGCAUUGUCGAUUCGUCCAAGCAAACAACAACUUAUCCUGGACGUACCGAAACCUUUUGAAUUACCAGAUGGUACCCCAUCUUUCAAAGACUAUUCAGGGUGUCGUGAAAAUAGAUAUAUAAAUCCAGACAAGGCGAGUAAGAAUAGGAUCUAUCCGCCAUCACAUACUCUGCAUUACUGGAAUUGUCCUCCGAGUUAUACCCCAGAGGAACUGCGCAAGUUGAUUGUUGAAUGUGGUGCUUCACCACCUCGCCAAAUUGCACCUUUCCCAAGGAUUAGUGAUAGAUCCUCUUCAGGCCUUGUAGAAUGGGGAACAAAAGAUGAAGCCGUUACUGCCCUUGCUUUGUGCAACCACCAAGCUAUUCCAAACACCGAAGGUCGUUAUCCAUUUCUUCUUAAACUAUCAUUUUCAAGCUCUCCUGUCAAUGAUCGAGCAUUUUCAGGUUCAAAGAAGAUUGGCUCAUCAAAUAUUGGAAAGUCAGCAGCAUCCGUAGACUCUAGCGAGUAUGAAUAGUUAAUGGAUAGACUAUCCGUUCAACAUAACAAACGAACACAGCAUUUGUCAUCAAAAUUUAUUAUCAUAUUCUUCACAUGGUGAUUCCUGUGGUACAACAAUCAACGCAGUCGCACUUUGCAUUCAACUAAAUUACAUAAUCGCAUAUUGAAGCUGAACCACACAUCAAUCUUCAACGUCAAUUUAUUAUUUCAAUUUAUUCAUAUUGUCAUUCUUCCCUUUUCUGUUUAAUUAGUCUUCAUAUAUAUCUAUAUCUAUAUAUGCAUCAUUGUCAUUUAUUAAAAUUGGUGUGUCUAUUACUUGUCGCUUGCCUAUUGGCUUUAACUAUUGCUAACUGACACUCAUGAAUAUGGAGAUGGCAUUUUAAAAAAAUUCUAAUACAAUUUUGAUGCUAACUGUUUUCUGUUUAACUGACUAUAUGUUUAUGUGUCCCUGACACCGUUAUUUUAAUGUUUAUUUGCAUGCCAUUUUCGCAUUUAGGACUUAUAAGUGGGUCAAUUUAUUAUGUUUUCGCAGUAAACAUAUAUCCUGAAUAGUUAAUUGUCGGUUUUAUGUCUGGUUUGACUAUUCCUAUUGGUUUUGUUGAUUGCAACAUACCAUUAUUUUCGUGAUCAGUGUACUUUGUCAGUUACCGUAUAUAAUUUGCAGGUAUUUUUUGUUUGUGCGUUUUCUUUGCCUAUCUCUGAUUGUGCAUACUUUGUUAGUGCAUUUAAAAAUAUACACAAAUAAAAACAUUCCCCUUAACAAUCUUACACAGAAAUAAAUGUGAAAGGCUCUUCAUACAUUUUACUGUAUAACUGACGACGUUGAUUUCUCAUCUGCUUGAUGCAGAUUUAAAUAAAUAAUGCGGAAGUAAGAUUUUUGAAAAUAUAUAAAAUGGUCACAUUCUAUUGAUCAGUUGAGAUUUGUAUAUUUUUAAAUACAUAUAUUUAAUAAAAUCCUCAGAUAAGAAUAUUACAACAUACUCUCAUCUAAACAUGAUACAGAUUUCUUCUUAUGGACUGAUAUAAUAAAAUUUCAACCUUGAUAUAUUGAACAACAUAUUUUUGUGCAGUAUUCUGCGUUGUAUUAUGGCCGUUUAAUCAUCAGUAUACUUGAUUGCAUUUAUCAUACUCAACCAUGGAUUAUGUAAUAUUCUUUUGUCUUUUGCAUACCAUUAACUAUAAUGACUGUUUGAUCCAGCAUAAAUUAGGUUAAAAAUAUUCAGUAGGACAAUAAAAUCUCAUUAACAAUUAUAUAUUUGAAUUUAUUUCAACUGAUGUCUGCAGUACAAUUGAGCUGUAUGUGUUGCAUUUAAUAUUCGUGUUUCAGCAUAUAUGUGUAUACAAAUGUGAUACUAUCUUUGCUGAAGUGGGAAUGUGCAGAAGCAUAUGUAAUUUCAGUAUCACUUCCGUAGGUGUUUAGUUUACUGCUUUACUAUUUACAUUUUAAAAUUUUGUCUUCCAUAUUAGAUCACUUUAAUUACCUCAAGUCACUAUUAACAUGUGCGUUUUUUCCUAACACCUAAGCCAACUUUUAGCUAAUCGAAAUCAUUAGGAAUUUUGUUUAUUGCGUAAAAAAUUGCCAAAUAUUCUAGAGUUUUUCACCUUGUUCGAUUUUAAUCAUUUUAGACAGUUUCCCUCCGUCUUUAUGUAUUAGUUUCUUGCUGAAUGAAUGAAAAAAGAUAUCUGUUUAUGUAAUGAAAGUUUUUCUAGCAUUCAGAUGAUACAUUUUAUACUAAUAAUUUCUUGAAACUUGUUAGUUUUUUUCUGAUUUUAUCUUCAUUGUAUUCAGUUUACAGAGCACCUAGAACUAAAAACACUUCACUUAUUUAUUCUUUAGCAUGACAGAUAUGUGCAUAAUCUAUAUUCAGUAAUUGUAUAUAAUUACAUAAUUUCAUGUACAUGUGGUGAAUAUCAUCCUGUAGUGAUCAAUACAAUUGUAUUUCAUUGUCUUUAUGGACAUAUAAACCAAAGAUGAACUUAUUCAGCCUACUUGAAGUUCCAC